UAUCAUUUCAUUCCAUCUUGAUCUUGCUGUUGACGUUCAACGGCUUGGACGAUCGAGUACGCCGUAAUCAACGACAUAUUCUAGUACUCUUGAAUUUCCGAUCCAUCGCUGCUUCAAAACAAUAUUCCAAUCAUGGUAUAUCGAUUCUGUGGGCCUAAAUGCUCCAACUGCUGCUUUGUUCUAAGCAUUUGGGGGAUUGUAAUGCUGAUUAUUCUCGGUAUUUUUUUCCAAACUCGUGCCGUCACUGUAUCUGAAGAUGUCGAUGAGGAUGGAUGGGAUCAAACUGCGACUUCGCAGAGUUAUCCGAAGAUUAGUCGAAUUAGUUGUUCAAAUGACUGUAAUAGCGUAGAACGUCCUUCACCUCAACACAAAAAUUGCUACAUUGCUGCUGGUAUGUAUGGCUUUACACUCUUAAUUUCGAUAUGGCAGAAGUACGAAAACUCUAGAGCGGCUUAUAGAGCCGGUAGUACAAGUUCUGGUCGUUUGUAAUUUACCUUGAAAAAAUGACUAAUAUUCUCAAACUCAGAAGCUUUAUGCCAGCUUAUUCGGUUAAUUGAAUCGUCAUAUUUAGGAUUACUCGACUAACCUUACAAUUGGUAUUC